CCAAUCCAGCAAGAUGGGUUUCCAGGCUUGGCUGCCCCUGCCAUUGCCGAAGCAGCUGGUGGUGUUCGGGCUGGGCGACUGGAGCUGUUACUCUCCGGACACGAGCAUCACGGCAGACGUGCUGGUGUCCCCGGGCAUUGUCCCGCAGCGGGUCGGCACGCUGGAGCCUGCCUGCAGGUCGUGGUCUCUGGUGUGGGAAGGUGACUGGAGGACAGAUAUUUUCAUGGCCUCCUUGAAAGAGAUGGACAAAGGCAACUCUGUGAAGCUUGUCCUGACUGUCAACGGACAGCUGCUCCAAGGUGUCUCCAGCAGUACACCCGCCCACCCCUUCCUCAUCCUGGAGACCACCCAGUCACCAGUGCUUCCAGCAGAUGAUAGGCCACUCGGCCGGGAUCUGGAGGAUCCUACUGUGGUUAAGAGUCAGAGCUCGGAGGUAACUGCUAGAGCAUCCAGGCCUGGGAGGAAGGAUGUCUGCCUGCCACUGAGGACCCUGGAAGUACCCUGUGCCCUGCAGCCACCAUUUGGCAAGGUGGAACCCUGUAAGGCCUGGAGGGAAAGUCCUGUCCACUCCAAGAAGAUCAGAAAGGUUUUAUUUGAACCCACAGAAUCCGAGAGAGAGCUCGAUGAAGAAGAUCUGGCGGUAGAGGAGUUGCAAGGCAGUCCCAGCCCUCGGUGGUGCCAUGCCAUGUGCCUCAGUGACCUGGGGACAGCUGUUGUGAUCGGUGGAGAAGGUGUCAAUCAGCAGUCCUGCAAGGAUGCACUCUGGAAGCUGGAAAUAGACAGUGAUUUCUGGGUUCCGGUGGGUUUCCAGCUACAAAACGCCAUGCCAUCAUGCUUGCGUGGUCACACAGCAACCUACGACCCAGACACCAAGCGUAUCUACAUCUUUGGGGGCAUAAGGGAUGACAAAGACUACAGUGGCAUCUACAUUCUGGACACGGUUACCUGGAAAUGGCUCCCUGUGGCUGCUAAAGGGAGGAUGCCAGUGCUCACCUAUCACAGUGCAACUGUCUACCGCAAGGAGCUCUUUGUUUUCGGAGGUACUUUCCACAAAAAGGCAUCACUGGCAGUUGGACCGUGCAGUAAUGCGCUCUAUAUCUUCAAUCCAGAGCAUGAAAUUUGGUACCAGCCCAUCUCUGAAGGGGAGAAGCCUCUGCCUAGGCUUGGGCAUUCAGCUACUCUACUGAAGAACAAGCUGUUGAUUUUUGGGGGGCGGAGGACUUCUUUCUACCUCAGUGACAUGCACAUCCUGGAUCUGGGUUUCAUGGAGUACACACCAGUCCCUCUCCUUGCAGGACAGCCUUCUGCACGUUGUUUUCAUGCAGCUCUGGCUGUGUCGGACCAGAAGGUUCUGAUCAGUGGUGGCUGCAAUGCCAGAGGAGCCCUGCAGGAUGCCUUUGUCUUCCACCUGGCUGGCCACACACUGCUUGACCUGACUCCUGCCCACCUGAUGGAUGUGGACAAUGAGAACAAAGAGGAGCAUGACCUGCACACAGUGUUGGUCUUUGGGGGCUCCAACUGUGCUGGGACCUUUUACAACAGCACAGUCAAGAUCCACCUGAACCUAGGAUAA